GUAUAUGUAAAAAUAAAACAGAUAAUAAAAAAAUAAUAACGAGCCCUUUGGUUUUGUGCAAACAUCAUCAAAAAGUAGAUAACAAAGCAAUAAUUGUAAACAACCAGAAAAUUUGUAACUAAAUUACAAUUUUAUGGUCCGAGCUAGCGAAAAAAAUGUUCAUGUUCGCGUUUUGAAACAACAACAAGAGAGAGAAACCGUGUGAAAAUUGUCGGGUUUCUUUUGCUCGAAUACGGAAUCGCAAAGUAUUCAAGAGUUGGUAUACGAACGUGUGAGUACACAAUUUGUACUUUAUUCGAGGUUAUAUUAAAUUCAACCAAAAAAAAUUAAAAUAUAAACAAAACAAAGAAAAUUUCGCAACAUUGGAAACAGUGGCAACAACAUAAUAAAGCAUAUGAAUUUGGUAAACACGGAAGUAACAAGUUCAUCAUAUACCAAGUCAGCAUUUGGAAAUUCCCAAUUUAUGGAGUAAAAUUAUCAUAAAGAGAACGAAAUAGUGUUUUAUGUAUUUUCAUGUUGCGAAACGAGAUCAAAAAUUGAUGAAUCAAUCAACGUGUACAAUCACAAUAGAAAAUCCAAUGGUAAAAAUCAUGCAGCAAAAAUGUCAUCACAAAAAUCAAUGUAAAUAAAAAUACGAAUAAUUUUUCCAAAUAAAAUUAUAUAUAAAUCGCAAAAAUUUUACAAAAAUCUGUAAGAUUUUAAGAAGAGCAAAGCAACAAAAAUAAUCUGAUAAGAAAAAAUUAUAAUAAUAGCAAUUUCAAAACGAAAACAAUUUUCAAUUUUGUAUGUGAAUCAUUUGUUGAUUCGUCCAGUUUGAAUGACCAUAAAUUAACCUGUAACAUCCUGUGUCAGACAUUACCUCACUACAAACAACCACAAUCACCAACCCUAAUAACACUGAAAGCAAUCAUCAUCGCUUCCUGCAAAAUUCACCCCUUGCUUGACAUUUGUGGUUUUAACUGCCAUUGGCGUCAUUACUGCCAAAAGGAUUAUUAAUUUUGCCUGCUGUAUUUCUUGUACUCAUUCAAAGCGAGUUAAAGUAAGCGUGCGGUUCUAAUAAUCCUCCUUGAAAAGAAAACAGUUUUUCAUCUACGAUAUGUCUGUCAUAAAGUAAACUGUUGCACUUCCAACCAUUUUGAACACAUUUUGAUUUAGUAAGACCAAAAUGGCUUCACCAAUGUCGCCCACCAAUAUAUAUCGACAAAACAUGGAUAAUCCUCAGCAUGGAUCACAUGUUGUCUCAAACCACAAUGGUUAUAUACAACAAUCGCCAGUCAGAUAUUAUCACACGGGAACUGUGCAGAAUACAAAUGAACGCUCCAAACUUAUUGAAAUGCUGAGAACACCGAAUAUUUUGACAUCACCCACCAUUGAACCAUCAUCAAAAGGCCUACUAAAUGGACCAGGUCAAAACAAUUGUUUUCUCAAUUGUGCUGUUCAGGUCCUGUGGCAUUUAGAUGCUUUUCGACGAUCAUUUCGUUCUUUGAAUCAACAUGUAUGCAGUGGCCAAGACUGCAUUUUCUGUGCUCUAAAGGAACUGUUUCAACAAUUACAAACUAGCUCGGAGCCGGCCUUAUGCCCUGAACCCUUGCGUCGUGCCUUAGCCUCUGGUCCCUUGGCUGGGCGCCGCUUUCCUUUGGGAUGUUUAGGCGAUGCUGCCGAAUGUUUUGAGCUGCUAUUGCAUCGUGUACACUCUCAUAUCUCCUCGGAUGAUGGUGAUGCCUGCGAAUCACAGGCCUGUAUUGCCCAUAGGCGUUUUGCUAUGCGUGUUAUAGAGCAAAGUGUUUGCAAAUGUGGUGCCAAUUCAGAGCAGUUGCCAUUUACACAGAUGGUCCAUUAUGUGUCGGCUUCGGCAUUGACUUCACAAAAUUCAUUGGCUUUGCAGAAUCAUCAGCAGUUGACUUUUGGCCAACUGUUAAGGGCAGCAGGAAAUAUGGGUGACAUACGCGAUUGUCCGAGUUCCUGUGGUGCCAAAAUUGGCAUUUGUCGUGCCUUGCUGAACCGCCCCGACGUAGUGUCCAUUGGCAUUGUUUGGGACUCGGAAAGGCCUGCUGCCGAUCAGGUUCAUUCGGUUUUGAAAGCCGUAGGCACCAGCCUUCGUUUGUCCGAUGUCUUCCAUCAGGUCAGCGAGCAAAGAUGGGCUCAAACGGUACAGCACGAGCUAGUGGGCAUUGUUUCAUAUUAUGGCAAGCAUUACACCACCUUCUUCUUCCAUACCAAACUCAAGGUUUGGGUUUAUUUCGAUGAUGCCAAUGUUAAAGAGGUUGGCCCCCAUUGGGAAGGUGUUGUGGAUAAAUGCAGUCGUGGGCGCUAUCAACCGUUACUGCUACUCUAUGCCGUACCCCAGCCCCAACAACAAUCUUCGGCAAAUUGUCCUACUCAAGUGUCUACGAGCCAGUACAUGCAUGACACUCAAUCGCCAGCAGUGCGCCGAGCUAUAACUCCCAGUCCCGAGAAACCGCAAAUGGGCAAUACUAGACGUGCCAUUACCCCCACGCCAUUGCGCAUGCCCAAUGACUACCAAAACUUGAGUGUUAUACAAAAGAAUAUCUUUCCCUCGGGGGGAGGCCAACAUCAGCAGCCACCUCAAGUAUCGGAAAAACAUGGAGCCCACUUGAAUACAGACGAGACCGACUCCUAUAUCAGCCGCAAAACAGUGGAGCAUGUCCUCAAUGCCCAAUAUCAGAAUUUGAGUAUUAUUCAGGAUAAAAUAUUUCCACAAGAUGAGAAGGAUGUUGCCGUGCUGAAUAACUACCAGCAACGUAAAUCAUUGGAGGCGGUAUUGAAUGCUCAGUUGGCACGUAAACAUCAACAACAUUUGCAGCUGCAAAGAUCGCAUAGUGCCGAGUCGGGUCAUGUUUCUGGCUCGUCUGCCUCCUCGACCACAUCUUCCACUAACAGCUCAUCGCCUCCCAGUGAUGGUUUGACCAUACCCGAACACUUAAAUCAGCCACGACGUCGUGAUUCGGGUAAUUGGUCUGGAGAUCGCAAUUCCGCAAGUUCUGCUUCUUCAACCACUUUGGACAAUCCCUAUCUGUAUAUGGUGGGCAAACGUUCGGGGGCUGCUGUUCCGCAAAGUCCCACACGCAAUGGUUUGCCUUAUGAUCCAGGCUACGACUCUUUCUCGCUGAGCUCCACCGACUCGUAUCCACCUAAACAUCCUUUGAAUCCCCAACUGGCCAAAAUACCAGAGUCAUCUCCCUCGGUUGUACUCACUGGAGACUGUGAAAAGUUAUGUCACGAAGCCGAUCAAUUGCUGGAGAAAUCACGUAUCCUAGAAGAGGCGCUUGACUUGGAAACAGCACUGGUCCUUUGCAAUGCCGCUGCCGGUAGGGCUCGAGCAGCCAUGGAUGCUCCUUACAGCAAUCCUCAUACCAUGACUUUUGCUCGCAUGAAGCACAAUACCUGUGUGAUGAGGGCUCGUUCCUUGCAUAGACGCAUUUUGCUGGAGAAGGGAGCGGAAAUGGAUGCCAUGCCUGAAAUGAAGCACAUGCGUGAGGGCAGCACCAGCAGUGUCAUUAAGCACGUGCGCCAAAAUAGCAAAGACAAGACUCUAGAUGGCAAUAAUGGUGGCAACAACAGUUCUCCUACUGCCAACAAUCCCAACAAAUCCAUAGAAAUAUAUGCGACUUUGCCCAAAAAGAAGAGUCCCUUGAAGGCUUUGGUCUCGGCUUCCUUAGCCUCCAAUGAUACCGAUAAUAUUGAGUUUGAAGCAACACAGGUUACUCCUAAGCCCGAGAGGGAAAGUCGCUCUUUAUUCGGGCGUAGCAGCAAUAAGCAACAGGAGAAGGACAAGCGAAGUCGCAGUGAAGAUCGCAAUAAGAUCAGCCGGGAGUUUUCUCUUACUGAAACCUUGCUGGUCAAUGCUAAAGACACUUUGAAGAAACACAAGGAGGAUAAGGAUGAGAAAAAGGAGAAGGACAAAAAUGGCAAGAAGCAGCAUAAGAUACGACGCAAGUUGUUAAUGGGUGGUUUGAUACGACGCAAGAACCGUUCCAUGCCCGACUUGACGGAGGCUGGAGAUGAGACUAGUAAUGCUCAACAGGCCGUCGCCAAUCCACCUCCCCUAACCAGUUCUGUGGAUGACUCAGUGGUCGGUUUGCAACAUGCCAACUCCAUGAGUGGAUACAUAUCGGAGGGUCACUUUGACUUCCGCGAUAGCACAGGGACCUCCUCGAAUGGGGUCAAUGCCAAUCCCAAUUUGGAACGCAGCAAGCUAAUGCGUAAAAGUUUCCAUGGAAGCGGACGUCAAUUGACAGUGGUGGCGAAAGUACAGCCUCCACCACCACCCAUGCGUACAUCCUCGACCUUAACGCAGCAGCAGUUGCAACAACAGCUUGCUUUGCAGCAACAGCAAGAUGCCGCCUUAAUGCAACACUUCCAUCACGAGGCGACUCUCUCCAAUAUAUCGGCCAUGAGUUCGAAUACCUCAAUAAGUGAGGAUUCGUGUCAGACCAUCAUUACCACCUGCGCUCAAGUUCACUCCGAACAAAGCCCUUUGGCCAAGGAACAAAUGUAUCAACAAGCCUAUAAGGCUUCGACCGAGCAGGGCACAGAUGAAGUUGAUGGCAUUCCCGCCAACGCGAAUCAUCAACAUGCGCGUCAAGAUUCACAAGAAUUCCCCCCACCCCCGCCUCCAUUGGAACUACCACCGUAUCCUAGUCCACCGCACAGUGUGAGCCAUUCCAGGCAAGCCAGUGAAGAUUUUCCACCACCACCUCCUGAAAUCGAUAUGGAGCCGUUGAAUCAACAAAUCAAUCAAAUCCAAGCCCUAGAAGCGGCCAACAAGCAACAACAGCACCAGAGAAAUAUGGAGUCCAUGGAGGGUACCACCAGCAUUUUGGCUCAGCUGCAGCAACGGCAACAUUUAAUGAAAAUGCGCAAAGAACAUGGCAAUACUCCCACUUUUAUGCAGGGCAACCAGAAUGAGAACUCUUGGUUAAGGGAAUUGCAAUUGAAGCAAUUACAGCGCCAACCUGAUUUAACCAACGUUCAAUCGAUUGCUCAACGCUAUGAGCAACAUCAGCAAAAUCACCAAUCACCCAGUCCCAUGAGGGCUUUUGGGUCCCAAGAAUUGCUGAAUGUAAAGUCGCAGCCAUUGCGUAAUGGUGGACACCAAAGACCUGAUAGUGAUGAGGUGGAUUGUCUGCCGCAAAGGCCUCCUCUGCCACCACAAGCUCUACAACAGAGGCAACAACUACAGCAGCAACUCCAAGCAAAACAGAUGUCCUCCAUAUUACCUAAGCCCAAAUAUGAUAUAUCCCAAACACAAAUCGCCGAGGAAAUCCGGGAAGUGGAGCUUCUUAACAACAUGGUGCAACAGACGCUAAAUAACAAUCCCUCCCAACCAGCUGCCACUAACAACAACGCCGCUCCCAAACGGGUAAAGAAGAAGAGUGUAUCGUUCUGUGAUCAAGUGAUACUGGUGGCAACCGCCGACAAUGAGGAAGAUGAUGAUUUUAUACCCAAUCCCAUUUUGGAAAGAGUCCUAAGGACCGCUCAGAGUCCCAAUGACAAAGUGACGGCACAGAUGAUACAACAGCAACAACAAAAUAUCAUGAGGCUACAGACGGAGGCACCCAGCCGCGCAGUACAAUCGCAACAGCAGUUGGGUUUGACCGCACAAAUGCAGCAACAGCAGCAGCAUCAACAACUAGGGCCACAUUCACCGCUUACACAAAAUCAGCAACAACAGCAAAUGGCUCAACCAUCGCCCUUGUUAGGAACGGAGAGAAGAAAUGUUGGCCUUUCGGGUCCACAGGAAAUGCAACGUUAUGUGCAGUUGCAAAGACCUCAAUUGGAGGCUUUGCGCCUGCAGCAACAACAAAUCCAGCAGCAGCAUCAACAACAGAUGCAACAGCAGCAUCAUCAGCAAAUGCAGCUACAACAAAUGCAGCAAAAGCCUCAACUGCAGGCAGGCCAAGUUUACACACCCAUCCAGGAUAUUUAUCGCAUGCAACAGCAGCAACAACAACAACAACAGCAACAGCAGCAGUUAACUGCAAGCAAUACUUUAUCCUCGCAUCUCAAUGAAACAUCCGCCCAAAAUUCCCUGCAAUCACGCACCAGUAUGAGCGGCAUCGCUAAUGUUGCCGCGUCGCAACAUAUGCAGAUGUUGGCAACGCAUACAACACAAAAUCAACUUCAGCAGCAACAACAACAACAACAACAUCACCUGCCCCAAAACUAUUCACUGCCCAGAUUGGGCAAUGCCCAAGCACCCACUAAUUAUUAUCCUGGCAUUGCAGGUCUAGAACAGCCUCCGCCAAGCCAACAACACAUACCCUCGCCCUAUCAAAGAGUACCCCUACCCCAUGGCUAUCCUGGCCUUGCUGAGCCUGCGACACUCUUAAAUCGUCCCCCACAUCUAAUUAAUCCCCAAAACCCAUCCAACGUCCAUCCUGGAAGUCCCUACAUGUCCAUACCUUCCAACUCGCAAAUAGCACAAAAUCAGCCGGUCAAAGCGAAGAAGGUGAGCUUUGAACCUGGCACCAAAGGAGACGCCAGCGAAGCCACACCCAAUUCAAGCACGCUUCCGCCCAAGACCAUGUUGCAACAACAUGGUUUACCCCUACCCGCCCAACAAGCUGCAGCAUCCAACGGUCUGCCACCACCAGCCACCAGCGAUGGCAGCAAUGUGAACGUAACUGCCAUACCCACUCGUGUCUACAACAAUGCCAUCGUAAAAGCUUCAGCCAAAGCUUCGGAGUGCAAUUUGUGUCGCAAGCGUCAUGUCAUAGCCCCCCAACAGUACUGUACCAACUGCGAGUACUACUUGAAGAUGUUGAACAAUCGGAGAUAGAAACCAGAGAACACAAAAGCUGCAGUUUGAUAACAAAAAAAGAAAGUUCAAACUCUCGAAGUAAUGGUUAACGGAGGCAUUGCUUUGCAUUUUUCAUGUAAACGAAAGCAUUUCAUAUAUGUUAUUGAAAAUCGUCCUUUUAGUCCUUAAGCUCACCAAUAAGUUGUAGUUUUUAAUGCUAGUUCUUUAGGUGUUUUGAAAAGAAUCUCAUAUGAUGCUA